AUGUCCUCUGAUAUAGCUAAGAGACAACGCACAGUACCUUCAUCAAAGGCGUACGACUUUGUUUGGCGAAGGCCGGUCCCUGCUGCACUUCGAGAGGGCACCUACUUUGACCGCUUUGAUGAGGAAACCGGAACUCUAGAGCUUGGUUGCUUCCUGCGUGUGGAUGAAGACGGAUUUUUCCUGUUUUGGAAAAGCGAUGUCAAUGAGGGUCAAGUCCUAGAACUUUCACAAGUCAGCGACGUUCGCCAUGGCAUGAAACCGAAGGACGAAAAACUGGUAGCAACGUUGACGGAACGAGUGUCGUCCAUUGGAAAGAACUUGGAUGAGCACAUCGUGACGGUCUGUAGUGGUCUUGAUUUGGUCAACAUUUCUUACACUAAUUUCGUGGCCACGUCGCCUGAAGUAGCGUCAUUGUGGAUUCAAUCAGUGCGGGGUCUCACGCACAACACCAAAGCCCAGAACGUUUGCCCAAUGACCCAGCUCCGGAAGCAUUGGUUGCGGCUGACACUUACGGUGAACCCUCGCGGUAAAAUACCCGUCCGGGUGGUGACCAAAACGUUUGCUUCCGGUCGCAACGAACGCAUUAUAUUCCAGAGCUUAAAGGAACUGGGUCUUCCUUCAGGAAAGAACGAUGAAGUCGAACCAUCUGAGUUCACUUUCGAACGUUUCUACGAACUCUACCACAAGAUAUGCCCUCGGACCGACAUUGAGGAAUUGUUUAAAACCUUGUCAAACGGAAAGGAGACCCUUACCAUCGAAAAAAUGAUUGAGUUUUUGAAUGAGGUUCAACGCGACCCCCGUCUCAAUGAAAUACUUUAUCCUUACGCAAAUCGUCAAACAAUUCGUUACAUUCAAGAGACAUACGAGUCGCGUGACGAGAAUACGAGCUCAGACACCUUAAGUCUAAAGGGGUUUUAUCGAUACCUGAUGUCUGACGACAAUGCCCCAGUUUUCCUCGAUCGGCUGGACAUAUGCCAAGAUAUGGAUCAGCCGCUAUGCCACUACUACAUCAACUCUUCCCACAAUACUUACCUUAUUGGAAGGCAGUUUGGUGGCAAGUCAUCUGUAGAAAUCUACAGACAGGUACUUCUCGCUGGAUGCCGGUGCAUAGAGCUCGACUGUUGGGACGGAAAGGGGGAGGAUCAAGAACCCAUCAUAACCCAUGGGAAAGCAAUGUGCUCUGACAUACUCUUCAAGGAUGUAAUCUACGCAGUUCGCGAUACGGCCUUUGUGACCUCGGACUAUCCCCUCAUUAUGUCUUUCGAGAAUCAUUGCAGCAAGCAUCAACAAUACAAACUGGCCAAGUACUGCGAGGAUAUCCUUGGUGACAUGCUUCUAACCAAGCCGCUUGAUAAAUACCCCCUUGAAGCUGGCGUUCCCCUCCCCUCCCCCGAGAAACUCAAAAGAAAAAUUCUCAUUAAAAACAAGCGUCUGGAGCCUGAUGUCGAAAAACACCAGCUGGAACUGUUCAUGAAGGGCCAAGCCGACCCAGUGCAGGAGGACGAUGACGUGGCCGAAGAUCCCGAUCCUGUGGUCACUCCCGAUUGUGACGUCGGCCCUAUGAACGGCGACAUUGACCCUCACCCGGAGACCAAACUGCGUCCUGGUUCAGGCCAAAUCAACGUCCUUUCAACAAGCCUUCCCUUGUCUUCUUCUCUGAUUGGCAAACUCUCUGAAACCGAAAUGAAACGAUUGAUAACGAAGAAGGGAAGUCUUACCGCUGAGGAGGAGCAGGCUAUGCUGGCUCAAUACCACUACACUGGCGCUACGAAAACAAUUCACCCUCUUCUCUCCUCUAUGGUUAACUACGCCCAACCGGUCAAGUUCCAGGGGUUUGAUGUCGCCGAAGAUGAAAACGUCCACUACCACAUGUCCUCAUUUAGCGAAACAGUGGCCUUAGGUCUGAUGAAAAACGAGGCCAUUGAGUUCGUAAACUAUAACAAACGACAAAUGAGUCGCAUUUACCCUCGUGGAAACCGUGUUGAAUCGAGCAACUAUAUGCCUCAGAUUUUCUGGAACGCUGGGUGUCAGAUGGUGGCCCUCAACUUCCAAACGCCCGACCUUGCUAUGCAGUUGAACCAGGGGAAGUUUGAGUACAACGGCAAUUGCGGUUACCUACUGAAGCCGGAAUUUAUGAGGCGUCCAGAGCGUCAAUUUGACCCGUUUUCUGAGUCCCCGAUGGACGGUGUGAUUGCGGCGACGUGCGAGGUGCGCAUAAUUUCUGGCCAGUUCCUCUCCGACCGCAAGGUUGGCACCUACGUUGAGGUGGACAUGUACGGUCUUCCCACGGACACAAUCCGCAAAGAAUUUCGCACGCGCGUAGUGCCCAACAACGGUCUCAAUCCGGUCUAUGGCGAGGACGCUGUGUUCGUAUUCCGCAAAGUCGUACUUCCGGAUCUCGCCGUUCUGCGGUUCGCGGUGUAUGAGGAUACGGGCAAGUUGAUCGGCCAGCGCGUCCUCCCACUCGACGGCCUGCAGUCGGGCUACCGGCACAUCUCGCUGCGAACCGAAGGCAACUUCCCCCUUUCUCUGCCCACCCUCUUCUGCCGUGUCUCCCUGACAACUUACGUUCCGGAGGGCCUCAAUGAUCUUGUUGAUGCCCUCUCCGACCCAAGAGCGUUCUUGAGCAAGGAAGAACAACGCAUGAAGCAGGUCGGCAUUCUCUUGGAACCUGUAGCGCUUCUACUCUUGCAUAUGUUCACUAUUCCAAUAUCAGUUACGAGUCACUUGAAGCUUGCCAGUAUGGGAAUCGAUUCCUCGGAGAUAGAUGAUGUGCCAACGUCGUCAACAAAGCUCGCAGCAAUGCUGAAGCAGCGCCCGAUGGGCAUGGGGAAUUUGAGCAACGCGCCGUCGGCGAACAGUGCUGCUGGCCUUCUGCCCUCGGGAGUCGGCAGUGUCGCCGCCGCGUCCUCCGCUGGCCUCACCCUCCCCGGUGUUGGCGCCUCGGCGGACCACCAAAAAUCGACCGGAUCGACUGUCGUCUCUCCCAGUGCCAACCCUCUCACUUCCGGCGGCGUAGGUGUUAGUGGCGCCACUUCCGGACCUUCUGCCAACAGCGCCAAGAAGGAAGACAAAAAAGCAGAAGACCCCAAGUUUCCGCCCAUUUCCUUGUCAAUGUUGCGGAGCGACAAGAACUACCGAAAGCUAGUUAAGAAGCAAGCUAAGGAGCUGGAGGCGCUUCAAAGGAGGCACGAGAAGGAGGCAGCUGCGAUGCUUCGGGCCCACACUCUCCUCACCGACAAACUGAACUCUUCCCACGCCAAGGCCAUCGCCUCCUCCACCUCCAGCCUCCGGAGUACUCCUCAGAAAAUGAAUGGAAUCAACACUCCAAUGAAGGAAGCCCAUAUUGCUCAAAUGAAUGACCUGGUGCGUCAACAGACGGAUGAAUGGAGCAAGCUCAAAUACACCCAGAUGAACGAGAUUCAUGGAUUAGUCCUUACGUUUAUGGAUGCCCGGAAGGAUCUUCUUUUGAAGAUUCUUCGAGAUGCUCAUGACGAGCAAAAGCGUCUACUGAAACAGAUCCAGGAACGUGAGAACAAGGACAUGAAGGCGCAACAGAUUAAGAUCUCCCUCGAUUCCAAUCGCAACGUGAUGAAUGAUCCAAGACUAAAGAACAAAGCAGAGCGUGACCGUCGGAUCCGGGAGCUGAAGGACUACAACACCAAGCGCUUCAUCGAUCAACGGAAGGCGCAGGCGCAGCGCAACGACCGUCAGGUGCAGGAUCUUCUGCGGAGGCACGAGGAGGAGGAACACGGCGUCAUUGCGGGCGUAAAUCUGGAACGUGAUGACCUCAUCCGAAGUUACCGGGAGGAGUUGUUGGCCACCAAACGCACCACAAUGAUUUGA